UCUACUAUACCAGCAUAGAACUCGUUUUUAGUUUGAGGAAAACAGGAAAUACAUUAUUUAAAACGACUGGUCGUGGCUGAAGUUGAUCAACCCACUUUCGUUUUUAAAGAAAGAAUCUCUACAGGGUGAAAAACUUAUAUCGGCUCUCCGAAAGUUGACUCAGGUAGGCCUAUGUUAUUAAUAACGUCCCUUAAUUCACUGUAUUAAGAUCUUUUAAUUCCAUCAUUUGGUUUCAGUUCGUGAAAAUCGAGUAGGCUAAGAUGCGUAGAUGAUAUCGCAUGUUGUGCAAUAACAACCGUUUAGGUGUUUGUGUUUCCAUUUUUGUACAAAGGUUUGUCUGCACAUAAGACAACAUGAGUCUGAAAGAAAAGAGUGAAAGCGAGUAUAAAAGAAAGAGAGCAAAAUCACCCGAGUUUAUCAAAGGAAACACAGACCUCAGUAAAGAAGAAAGUGGUCAUGAUGAACACAAAAAUAAAAGAGUCAAAUACGAGAGGGCACUCUCUCCUACCCCCAGUUGUAUGUCUUUGAGAUCAGAAUGUUCAAUGGAUCCACUUACCAACUUCAGGGGUGGAGAAAAUUAUCCUUUGGAUUAUAGAGUAAAGCCAGAAAGAGCAGCUUCUCCUACAAUCAGCUACAUGUCUUUAAGAACAGACUGGUCUAUGGAUCCACCAAGCAACUUAAGAGAUGUUCCUUUGGAUACAAGGAUUAAGGAAGAAAAUGAGACAGCGACAGUCUCAACAAACAACAGCCAAAUGGACAACACCUUCAUGCUAAAAGGAAGACUGGAAAGAGCCCCUUCUCCUGCACCCAGCUAUAUGUCUCAGAUAUAUUCUGAUUGGUUCGAAGGACCGCUGACCAGCUGCAAAGCUGAAGGCAAUAUCUCAUUCAACCCAAGGCUGAUGACAGAGGAUCACUUAAAGUGUCCACUGUGUAAAUCGAUGUUGAAGGAUCCAGUCUCCAUCACAUGUGGACAUAAUUAUUGCAGAGGCUGUAUUAAUGCAUUCUGGGACAAUUGUGCUGGAGAUUUUGUUUGUCCACAGUGUGGUCGGGCAUCAGAAACACGUCCAGUGCUAAACACAAAUGUAGCUCUUGCUGAGGUGGUGAAAGACCUGCAGAAAACCUUCAGUCCAGCUCUUCCUCCACGGUGUUAUGCCGGACCAGAAGAUGUGGCCUGUGAUUUCUGCACCGAGAACCGAUUGAAAGCUGUGAAGGCUUGUUCAACAUGUGGUGUUUUUCUCUGUGAGACUCACAUCAGGCAACAUUACACAAUACCAGCACUACAGAAACACACACUGCGUGACGUGACCGGAGAAGAUCAGAUGAAGAUGAAACUCUUACUGGAACAACAGAAAACAGAUAGCAUUACCAGUGGACAACAGAAUCAGACAGAUGAAACUCAAGACCUUAUGAAGGACGAAGUCAGGAGUAUUUCAGAGUCUGUGUUGAAUUCCUCAAUGUCAGAGAAAAAUUGUCUCAAGGAAGCUGCAGAAGUCUCUAGAUCAGAGGCAGUUGUUAAUAAAGAUGAUGCUGAUGUUAGGAAUCUUGCACAUUUGUGCUCCAAACUUCAGGAAGAAGUUUCAGGACUCAAAAAAAGCUUUUCAAAGUUAAAGCGCAAGAAAACAGAGAAAGACAAAUAUUACGAUGAAGAGGAUGAUUAUGAUGAUGAUGAUGGAGAGGAGGAGAAUGAUGAUGAAGAAGAGGACUAUAGUGGGAACGAUUCUAGUGCUGACACUUAUGACAUGUAUGAUGACGAUUAUGGUGGGGAAGAGUACACAGAUGACUGGGGUGAUGAAGAGGAAAACAAAGAUGAUGAUGAUGAUGUAGAUGAUGAUGAUGAUGAUGAUGAUGAUGAUGAUAAUGAAGAGGAAGAUGAUUAUGGGAUCUAGUUUACCCCAAUAUAUAAUGCUUAAUUCAAUUUCAAUGUGAAAUUAAAAAUGCUAUUUAUUACUCAUCCUCGUGCUGUUCCAAACCCCUGAGACCUUCAUCUUCAGAACACAGUUGAAGACAUUUUGGAUGAAAUCUAAAAGUUCUAAAAUCUCAUCCUCCAUAGUAAUCAAUGAGCAAUCUUGAGAUUGUAAAAAAUUGCUAAAUAUGCUGUCAAGAAAUUCCACGUGACUGCAGUGGUUCAACUGAAAUCACACAGAGCUCUCAGAACACUUUUGUGUGCUAAAAAAACUAAAAAAAUAAUUAAAUUAAAUGAACCAAAAAAAAAUCAGCUUUAGAUUUAAUCUAAAAUAACUUAAUUUGUGUUCUGAAGAUCAACGAAGGUCCCGGGUUUGUAACGAUAUGAAGGUGAGUAAUUAUUAACAGAAUUAAAAAAGACCCACGGUUUUUGACAUAGAAUGCUGUAGAUGUAAAUCUGUGGCGAAAGAAAUUACCUCAACUUUCUUAAAUAAAAAAGUUUUUAAGCAA